CUUCCUCACAAGUCCCGCUGCUUCUCAGUCGCUGCCUCGCCGCGUGCGGACACCGCAUCUCCCUUCACGUUCGCCACUUCUUCACUGCGUGCGCAUCAAGGUGUUCGUGUUGUUCAGUGUUCGUCGCCUUGUCGACGUCUUCGCAAGGCGGGUCGUCUCAUCUUGAACAAGUAACAACUUCCCUUCAAGCGGUCAACUUGCAUCAAUCUACACAGCCUUGACAAGGUCGCACUCCCAUGAGCUGCAUCUCAAGCACCACAUGGCUCGGCCAAGUGUGACGCCUGUGUGAGAUGUGCUCCUGAGGCAGCGGAAGUGGUUGCCCUCCUCCCCCACCGUCUGCAGCCAAUCGCAAGCCUGCGUCUUGCCGUGAUGUCAUCGGAGGAAGACUCUGCAGAAGGCCCCGAUCGCACUUUCCUCAGGGCCAAGGCGAAGCGCGCGCGACAACGCGUAGACGCCGGCGAACCGCGCUCCGGUAACAACAGUCUUGUGGCGUCGCCGUUCCUCCGAUCGCCCCCGGCAUUGCGCAAUGGAUUCAUGAGUAGCCCUAAGGGGUUGGACGACCUCCUCGAAGCCGCUGCUGCCGAGGAGGCAGAGGUGCGUCCUGCUAACGGUGACGCUACCCCGCAUCUCUUACGCGACAUCCUGCAGUCGAGAAGGGAAGACGACGAAGAAGAAGACGAGGAGGAGGAAGACGUUGAAGACGAGGCGCCCUCAGCUGACGCGGCGUCGUCCAUGGACUGCGUUACUGCGCGAGCGUCUGACGACGAAGACGAGACGGGAAACUCUGUCCGGACGUCCGGAGGAUCUUCAACUGGUGCCGUUGACGCCAAGAAAGCACGCGUCGAGAACAUAGUCUCCAACAUGCUGCUUGGCCCUCCCCGGCCCGGUCCCAAUGGGAAUGGAGGGUCUGAUGCCCUAUCCACACCGGUGAAUGGAUGCAAGAAACGGAAACUCUACCAGCCACAACAAGCCAACAGGGCAGCGAGUGGUGAUGAGGAAGAGGAUGGUCUGGAUGAUUCUUUCGAUGAGGAACCUAACGCCAAGCAAAGACGCUUAGAUCGAGAAGCCUUCAGAAGAGACCUCCUCCGACUGCAGACUCAAGUCGCCACGAUGCAACGUCGUUACGAUGAAAUGCGCAGCGACGAGGAGGACCUCGUCUCCGAGGACUCUGCGGCCGACGACGUGUCAGCGGAUGCACCGAGAUCGUCUCCUUUACGUGAUGUGAAACCUCCAACGAGGGAUGUGACCCCUCCACCGAUAUUAUCCGACACACGCGAUGACCGCGAUGUCAAAAGACCUCAUCCCGAAGCGCGACAGACUUGUAUUGUGCGACCACAACCCGCGAUGGACGUGGACCGGCUCGUAUCGGCCCUCAAGAACGAGAUGACACAGAUACUUCCGCGAGUGAUAGACGGAAUUGUGUCGCGGUUCACCGACCGACGAUCCGAGGCCCGUUCCCCUGCUACCACCACUAAGGACCAGAGCCUGCUCACCCAAAUGUUGGACAGUAAAUCUCCCCGCAGCAUGAACGCUGCGAAAGUGAUCGACCGUGGGCGUCUCAAUGGUCACGUGCAGCCUCCUCAACCGCCCUUGAAUGCGGCUUCCUUGCGGAGUUCCCCGUGUGAAGCAUCUCGAACUCUUUUUCCCGGUGGCUCUCCUUACAAAGCGGCCAGUUUCGGUAACGGCGACCUUCCAGAGCAGACAGAGGCUAUGUCUUUGGUGGUUCCCGCAAAGAAAAAGAGGCACAAGGUCACGGACACGCGGUUGACCCCGCGCGACAGCCCUAAGUGCGGCGAGACGCCCGGGUUCCCGCCUCCACCGCUUGUCCCUGUGUCUCUGCCCACGACGGUUGCCAUCCCGAACCCGAGUCUGCAUCACCAUGCGGAUGUGUUCUCGUUUCAUGUGGACCACCCGCGGUUGUACGACGAGGACGGCCAUCCGGGUGCACACCAUCCAGGUGGACAUCACCCACCCCCGUUGCCGCUCAUGUUGACACACUCUCCGGACUCCCUGCAUUACCCUGCAUUGCAUCCGCCUCCGCCGCCACCACCACCGCCGCCAUCGGCGAGGCACCAGCAGGAGAAUGACUCGGACAAUGGUGAUAGCCAGGGUUACGACUCGGGCAUGGCUAUGAUCUCAUUCCUCAAGUACAUCAAUGGAGGCGGCGCCGGAGGUGGAGGCAGCGCUCGCGGCACGCCGCCGGGGCCCCUAGCCCGCGACAGCUCAAGCCAGAGCACGGGUUCAGACUCCCCCGGCGGAGGCUACAAGGGAUCCUCCAUGUCUGGCAGCUUGGGGCCCGGCGGCUACACGAGCACACUCACGCCCAUGCACCUGCGCAAGGCCAAGCUCAUGUUCUUCUACGUGCGCUACCCCAGCUCCGCCAUCCUCAAGAUGUACUUCCCGGACAUUAAUUUCAACAAGAACAACACGGCACAGCUCGUCAAAUGGUUCUCCAACUUUCGGGAGUUCUACUACAUCCAAAUGGAGAAGUACGCCCGUCAGUCGGUGAGCGAGGGGGUCAAGAACGUCGAGGACCUCAAAGUGAGCGCCGACUCGGAAUUGCUCAGGGUGCUCAAUCUCCACUACAACAGGAACAACCACAUUGAGGUCCCCGAAAACUUCCGGUACGUCGUCGAGCAGACCCUACGCGAGUUCUUCCGUGCCAUAGUGGCCGGCAAGGACCAGGAACAGUCGUGGAAGAAGGCCAUCUACAAGGUCAUCGCCCGCCUCGACGACAAUGUGCCCGAGUACUUCAAAUCUCCGAACUUUCUAGAACAGCUCGAGUGACGGCGGGCCCCCCCUGCAGCCCCACAGCCCUCAUGGCCCCCCGCCUCCCCACUCGUGCCUUCUGCUUUCUUGCAACAGCACGGUUGUUUCUUGGGGCCACCCUUGCUUCUGUGAGCUCGGCACCCGCGGACGUUGCAGCUGAGGGGGUUCCACCACCGUUCCGCAUCGUCCAGAACACGGUUCGUUUGGAAAACGGUGUCGCUUUGGCUUCGGGCUUGGUACGGGAGAACAAAGCAUGAAAAAUUCGCUUUGGAACAGGAUGAGUGCCUCAUCCCUAGUCAAGAAAUUAUUUCGUCCCCUUAAAGCGAACCGGGUAAAUGCAACGCUGCAGGUUUUGCGAACGCAUUCUGUCCGGUUUCAAAAGGAGCGACUCCAAGAAAAGUUUUUGCGUGCAACUAGUCAAAGUUACCUCUUUUUAUUUUUUUAAAUUAUACGUUUGCUGCGUAAUCUCUGAUUUUAGAAUACAUUAUAAGAGAGAGGAAUGGGAAGCUAGAGAAAAAGGGGGGGGGGGGGCUAUUGCCGACAUGACGUGAAACGUUAAAGUAUGCAACAGAGCAGGUACUUUUAAAAGGCUCGCGUAUCAUUCUUGAACGCUAUCGAGUCGCAGCCGGGAAAUGUCAAAAUGGUGCCUCAAAAGGGUGUCCCGUUGCUGCGGAAUCGGAGACGACAGCAGUGUCACACUCGCUGACGCAGAUGUCAAGACUAAACAACUCUCGUGGACACUGUUAUGUCUUUGUCCCCGCCCUUUCUGGUCACACCUGUGCAUUUCCUCUGAAGGUUUCGCCUACGACAAAAGUUUUAAAAAAAAAUACUUCCUGUUCUGUAGCGUCAGGAUGAACAAAACAAAAAAAGUACAUGCGGCAAUAUUCGUUUCCUGUUUUCGCUCGCCUUUGUCUUGCCACAUUACGCAGUCAAACAGAGGCGAGAAUUUUAUGACAAAAUGUCGCGAGCGGAUAAUAGUGUAUAGUAUAUACCUCGUUACCAGUAUGUGCUCUUGUUGGCAAAGUCCGUGCAUCCUAUAUUAUACCGAGCUGAGAAAAGCGUGGCAUUAAAGUCAGCUUCGCGAGUGGCAACUAGUCAGUAAUAUAAAGAAAAAAAAAUGUUACGGACAGACGGGCAUAGAAAAAGACAAAGAAACGCAGCAUUCCCAAAGAAAUACUACCAUUCUUCUUCUGUAAUCUCAGACAGAGGGACGCGAACUAUGUAACAGUAAUGUUAUUCGAGUUCCUCUUUUUAUUGUCGUUGUGUAUUUGAUGCUCUGUAUUUAUUGUGCGUUCGUGUUUAUCACCAUUCGUCUUGUAUUUGUUAUUGACGCGCCGUUCGCCAAAGCGCUUAACACCGAAAGAAACAUUCCGUUUCUAUUACCGUACGAAUAUGCGGAACGGUGGUGAUGGUGGUGAUGGUGGUGGUGCUGUGAGGGAUGGCGACCUGUGUUCGAACUCAGCGGAUUCUUCAACUCCCCGUGUGUGUGUGUGUAUGUGUGUGAUUCAAAAAGGGAGAGAUGUCAGCUUCCUUCUGUCCUAAGGACACUAAAUAAUCAAACCGAUUGAGAAAGAGAUCACGUGAGGAGACUGCUCUGUGCAUGACGGACCACCAAGACAACAAGCAUAUCUACGUACCAGCUGGACUUCCUUUCAUGUUUUUUUUUUUUGUUUCUUUUCUGGCCACUACACCAAGACUGUUACGUGAUUUCACAGUGUGCGCGCGUGUGUGUGGAUAUAAUGUGAAGGGACAGUGGAACAAACAGGCCCGAGGCUGUAGCUGGUCACGUGGCCCAGACUUUCCAAUUAUUGUUCCAUCGUGGCGCAGAAAAUGAUGCGAGCGCGCCAAAGAAAUGGCGAAUGGUAUUUUCCCGUGUUUUGCCCUAUCUGAAAUAUCGGGAAACUGUUACAAGAAACGAUUGAUGCAGUAAUGUGAAAAAAAAAAAAGACACAACAAAAGCUUUAAAGAGAUCAUUCUUCUACGGGACAACUUUAUUCUGAUCUGUUUUUAUCGAUGAUUGCUUGAACAUCCGAAUCUCAUUCCGAUUUUUCUUGCUGCCGACUUCAUCACCAAGCUGUCUGCAGAAAACUUUCAAGUGCCUUUCUCUCUAUGUCUCUUCCACUGCCCUCUCUCUCCCCCGGUAUCUGUCUUAUAGGACGUGUCGACAUCCCCGCGUUCAUUGUUCCAUAGCAUAAACUACCACUUUGUCCCGUAUCACCGAUAAGCAGGUAGGACACAGAGCGUAUAGUCUCGCCCACCAUAUCUUGUGAACAUAUCCUGCCGUUCUCACAACUGUCUGUCCCUCUCUCUCGAGCCCCGUGUUGCCAGCCACAAAUCGCUGACGUGUAAAGUCAGCGGGCAUCUAGUCCCUGCCAGCCCCACUGAGAGGGCGCGCGUGCGUGGCGCAUCAAAUGUACAUAUCUCGCUAUAAAUUGAUAACCAACACAUUCCACACGAGGAACACAAAGCGACGAUAAAAGACUCGGCGUUAUAGAUCAAACAUAAUCUCCCGGUUACAUCGGUAUACCAUUCGCUGGAGGAGUGUCAGGACUUUGUUUUUUUCUUUCUUUUUUUGACGGUUUCAGCUGCGAAAAAGGAAAAGAAAAAAAAAAGGGUUGACUGUGCUCUUUGAGGGUAUACCUGUACUGUGAAGUGCUUCGAUUGUCACCUUCGUGGAUUGACGCGCUUAUAAUUUAUUGCUUGUAUCUUACGAUGUCUGUUAUCACUGUAUACAAGUUGUGGGCACACUUUACACGCUGACCAUGUGAUUUUUUCCUUUGGCAUAUCGACAUUGUUAGCUCACGGGUCUACGCUUGCCGAAACGGCAGCGACUAAGUCAAGACCAUAUUCAACGUGGCGGCUAAGAACCAUCACUAGGGCGUGUAAUGUUCUUUCUGAUGGUUUCCACGCGACCAUGUGAUUUGUAUAAAGCCUAUGAACCAUAUUGCAGUUUUUUUUUUUUGUAAUCAUAUCGUCUCCUGUAUAGAUCAGAUCAUUGUUCACAUUAUUCUACCAUAAUUAAUAUAUAUAUAUAUAUUAUAUAUAUAUAAAUAUAUAUAUGGAAGUAGACUUUUUUUUUCUUGCGUCUUUCUCGAGCACCUUGUAAAGUCUGGCAUUCUCUGUUGAGGAGCGUUUGCUGCGCGAAAUAAUUCAUUUUCCCCCUCUCCACGGCUGUUUGGGAAGUCACUGUUAACAGUCGUAUUUAUUUGUGGACUCUCAUGUGAGGAGAAUCUCUCAACCUUCCCCCCAGAGGAGUGAGGAAAUCCAUGCAAAGUUUUGGGUGUAGUGCAUAGUUGGUUCUCAGUUACAAAAUAAAAGUCCAUUUCC